ACAAUCUCGAGAACAGUAUCUAUAUGGACGAUAAAGGAUCAAAGAUUUCAGUGUCUAUAUGCGAUAAGAAAGUGAAUGGUUUACUCCAGAAUUGACAUAAUCCCGUCACCGUUGUUAGCUUAGUGAAAACAAAAAAGAAAACGAAGACAUCAUUCGGAGGAAAAUGUCAAAGAUUGAAGAAGCGACCGACCACAUACGGCAAGCCGAGAAAGCCUUGAAGACGACUUUACUGAAAUGGCGUCCUGAUUUUGAGGUAGCAGCUGAUGAGUAUUCAAAUGCAGCUACAUGUUUCCGAGUAGCCAAAUCGUACAAAGAGUGCAAAGAAUGUUGGGUAAAAGCAGGUGAUUGUUACAAACAAACUAGAUCAUGGUUCCAUGCUGCAAAGUGCAUCGAACAGGCUCUGCUCAUUAACAAGGAAAUGGGAGACUUGUCAAAUGUGUCGCAGUUAGCUCACAGCGCUUGUAGCCUCUUUCAGCAACACGGUUCUCCCGAAUCAGGUGUAACUACUCUCGACAAGGCAGCUAAGAUGUUGGAAAGUACCCAACCAGAGCAAGCUUUGGAGCUCUUUAAACGCGCGGCUGACAUAGUCAUGGGUGAGGAUAGUCCGCGCCAUGCGGCCGAAUACAUGAGCAAGGCGGCAAGACUGCUGGUGAAGCUGCAAAGGUAUGACGAAGCGGCAGACGCUAUACGUCGAGAGAUCGGAAUGCAUCAGCAGAUAAAGCACUGGCAAUCCAUAGGCAGACUAACUGUGGCGUUGGUGCUGGUGCAACUGGCACGGGAUGAUCAAGUAGCGGCAGAGAAGGCAUUCAAAGAAUGGGGCAAUUAUUGCGAAGCUCCUGAGGUGCAAACAUUGGAGAUGUUGCUGCAAGCAUACGACAACGAGGACGCGGAUUCAGCUAGGGCAGCGCUAAACAGCCCUUUCAUCAAACAUAUGGACGUGGAAUAUGCUAAAUUGGCGCGAGGUUUAUCUCUACCUCAGCAGCAGUACUCUGUCCCGCCUGCUGGAGUAAGGGCGAACGCUGCAGAAUCUUAUGUUUCUCCUAAUGCGUCAAAGGCAAUGGGGCAAUCUACAGUUGAAGCCGAAGUUAAUCAUGCAACGGCUAAUCAACCGUUGGAAAAGAAGGCUGAGCCGGGGGUUUCUGCACCACCGGUGCAAAAAGCAAAUGAGGAAGAAGAUGAAUACGAAGUUUCGAGUCUGAAGUGGUUACUCACCCAUGACCUAACCGUGAUCAGUUUUUCAACACACCAGUAUCUUUGAGCAUGUAUGUCAAUCUUUGCGAAAGAAGACCGAAGAAUGUAUCAUGGCGGAAAGUAGUCAUUUUCAACAAUUCAUUUAAUGUUUCAUUUCAAAUUUUUUGUAUUUUUGAAAUAUUACUCCUGAUGUGUUAUAAGCU